UUCUCAAGGAAGAAAAAGAAAAAAAAGAAAAGAAAAAAAAGCUCGCAUCCGAAUUGCGCCUUUUCCGCUUCCUUGGCUCUGUCAAACGUAAAAAUCUCUGAAAGCUUUGUUGCAGGUUUACUUGAUUUUUUUCAGUGAUGGGUUACAAAACAGUUUACCGUUCUCUUACGGAGUUGUUUCCACAGAUUGAUGCAAGGCUUUUAAAGGCUGUUGCUAUUGAACACCCAAAGGAUGCUGAUGAAGCUGCAGCUGUAGUUGUUUCAGAGAUUGUUCCUUUCUUUUACCCUAAUUUGGCUGAUAAUUCUACACAACCUGAGAUCAAGACACCCAGUGAUGUGCCCAACCAAGUAGAACAUAAUAUGCAGAAUGGUGCGUUUACUGGUUCAGAAACAAGUGCUUCUUCUUCAGCAACUGUCCCUCUGGCUGUCGAAACAAGAGCCCCAGUUACUGAAUUGCUUUCUAAUAGCACCCAGUUGAAAAGUGUGAUUCCAAAUGGUGAUCUUGAUAUUCAGAGCAAAGCAAAGAUCAGGUUGAGCGGAUCGGUUCAGCCUGAAGUGGUAUCCUCAGGACCCGUUAAGGCAGGAGAAAUAUUGACUAGCAAUGGGUGGCAAGGUGUUGAGUUUCACAUUACAGGUAAUCAAGCAGAAGUUAGCACAAGUAAAGAUUCAGAAGAUGCUUUGCAUAAGAUGAUUUUGGAGGAGAUUACACAGAAAUCACCUAGUCUUCAAAUUAGAUUUGGGAGUAUUGAUGUCGGGAACGAGACAUCAAGUGCUUCAUUGGCUGUUGAAAAUAACGAUGAAGAGUUGAGUGGUUCAUAUCACGUGGCUGAGUCAUCAAAGGGCUCUUUGGUCAUUGGGAAUGGUGAACCAGAGCUGGGUGAUUCUAUGAGCUCUGUUGCUAGCAGAUCAACCCAGGGAUGCAACAUUGUCCACCUUGAACAGAUCAUUGAAGAUGCCAAAAGUAACAAGAGAACCUUGUUUACUGUGAUGGAGUCGAUUAUGAACCUAAUGAGAGAAGUUGAGCUUCAAGAGAAGGCUGCAGAAAAGGCAAAGGAAGAUGCUGCUAGAGGAGACUUUGAUACUCUUGACAAGGUUGAGGAGCUAAAGAAGAUGCUGGAACAUGCAAAGGAGGCAAAUGACAUGAAUGCUGGCGAAGUUUAUGGCGAGAGGUCAAUUUUGACCACUGAGGUUAAUGAGUUUGAAAAUCGCUUGCUCAACUUAUCAGAAGAACGAGACAAGUCUCUUUCUGUUCUUGAUGAGAUGCGUGAAUCUCUUGAAACAAGACUAGCAGCAGCGCUGGAGAUAAAAAAUGCUGCUGAGCAAGAAAAACAGGAAAAGGAAGGUCGUGCACGCAAGGCAUUUGCUGAACAAGAAGCAAUCAUGGAGAAGGUUGUCCAAGAAUCAAAGCUUCUACAGCAGGAGGCAGAGGAAAAUUCCAAGCUGCGGGAGUUCCUUAUGGAUCAUGGUCGGAUUGUUGAUUCCCUACAAGGAGAAAUCUCUGUGAUCUGCCAAGACAUCCGACACUUGAAAGAGAAAUUCGACAAUCGAGUGCCAUUGAGCCAAUCAAUCUCCUCAAGCCAGACAAGCUGUAAACUGGCGUCCUCCGCAUCAUCCAUGAAGAGCUUGUUACUGGAGAAGCCUUUGGAGGCAUCUUAUGAAACACCUGAAGCCUCAAGCAACAACGAGAGCCUAUUAGCUUUGACUAAUGAGGGAAAUGACGAAUGUAAGGAGCUGCUGGAAGAUGGCUGGGACAUCUUUGACAAAGAGCUAGAACUAUAAAUGUCUUUAGAUAGAGAAGAUUCCAUGGCUUUAUAGAAAUAAAAUCGGUGUAAGAAUAAAAGAGUUAUGAAGGGAUUUUGGGUUCUGCGUUUAUUGUGCUCUAUAGAUAGUAAAGCUUGGAUCUUUGAGCUUAACCUACCAUUAGUAUGAACAUCUAUUGAGCUCUCUUUUAUUUUCUUCUCACUGUA